AUGAAGAAAUCUGAAGUAUUUGCUGUCGCGUUUGCUGUGCUGGCAGCUGGGGCUAUAAUCUUAACACUAAAUGUUCUGCUUCUGGGUGGGCACAUCAUCUUCUUCCAAAGUCUCAGUCUCCUUGGCUAUUGUUUGUUUCCUCUGGAUGUUGGAGCCCUAAUUUGCUUGCUGAAGGACAAUGUCAUACUAAAGAUCAUCGUGGUGACAGUCACACUGGCGUGGAGCUCCUGGGCUGCCUACCCAUUCAUGAGCGCUGCUGUGAACCCAAGGAGAAAGGCUCUGGCCAUAUAUCCCGUAUUCCUCAUGUACAUCUCGGUGGGGUUCCUCAUAAUUGCCAUAGAUUAG